AUGAUUUCGUUGAGCGACGAGGGUUUCUCCGUGAAAUGCGACGUCUCCUCGUAUAAACCCGAUGAAUUGAAAUUGCGAUUGGACGGGGAUGUUUUGUCGAUUGAAGGAGAGCACAAAGAGGAGAAUGAACAGGGCUCCGUCCACCUCCGAGUGAUGACGAGAACAAAAGGGAAUUGGAUUAGAAAGUGCAACAAGCAAUCGUCAAUGGACGUAAUCAGGGAAGGACUCACGCAGAAU